AUGGGUUUAAAUACUGCUCUUGACUUUUUGACUUCAUCAAUUCCUGCAUCAGCAGUUACAACAUUAGAUGAACAAGCACAGCUUCCCACUCCUCAUUCAACAAUUUAUGAGCAAUGUCUACAAUUGGCACAUUUUGUUCUUUCGCAACAAUCUUCAGCUCAACGCAAUGACUCAGAAAUUAUUUCACGUUUUGCGAUGUUGGGUCAUCAAAGGGAUGCUUUAGAAUUGGCUGAAAAGUAUAGAGAUUUUACUUUCCUCGUUGUUUACUGCUACAAUAGACUUGACAAACGACAAUGUGAGGAAGCAUUGAAUAGAUACAAAAAAGAAUAUGAGAAUGAUAAUUUUUACGAUUUUCUUUAUACUUGGUAUCAACAAAAAGGAAUGUUUAAUCAUCUUCUUGCUGAACCUGGCAAAAAAGCUAGUGAUUUUCUAGCAAAACGUGAAGAACUCAAUUGGAUAAGACAAGUUGAGGAAGGCCAAUUUGCACAAGCAAAGAUAACAUUGAAAAAGAUGGCAAAUAAUGAGAAAGAUGAAAACAAAAAAUUGAUAGAAUUGUCGUUGUGUAAAUUCGCUGCUGUUUGUGAGGAACAAGAAAACUUGCCUGAAAUUGCUGAAUUAUCUGAACAGAUAAGUAAAUUACAUAAAAAACAAAGAAUGAAGGAAAUGAAUAGAGAGGGAAGUGAAAAUAUUGAAAUGUAAUAAAUGAAGGUAUUUAAAAUUAAAAUGACUUUCUGAAACUCUUGAUUUUUUCGAUUU